AUGCCUCCAUUCCACGCGUUCCGAGACGGCUGGACGGACGACGAUGAGUCGGAUCUUGAAAUAUAUGAGCAAACAGCACCAUUACAGAAACAGAAACCUCAACGAGAGCGAGAUGCCUCGACGGACGUAGAGCUCGUUGACCAUGCCAGGACGAGUAAAGGGACCCCUCCACCUACAUCUCUGCACUCCCCUCGAGCCCGAGUCCAACGGGAACGCUAUGUACCUGUGGAUAAGUCUAUCCCCGAAGUUUCGAGCCGAGGGUCUACUCCCGAGUUUCCUACGACAGAGCAAGAGGAGGAUGAGAAAUGGCAAGAAGAGUUUCUCGGCAAGGGCGACAAAGAGGAAUGGCUUGAACUCAGUGAAAGUGGCGAUGGUGAUGAAGAGACAGACCAACAGAAAUAUGAUAAUGAUACAAUUGAGGUGUCAUAUGAAGAGAGAACGCUAUUGGGAGAGUCUGACGAGUUGCUAAACGGAACGCCCAGUCUGGCCGCACAAUGGCAGAAUGCUGUGCGUUCCCCUUCGAUCUCCAUCAGUCAAAAACCGCCACACUCGCCGGAGCCCCAGCAGUCGAGACCACGAAGUGCCAGCACCCAAAAGCUGAGAGGUAACGCCAGCCCGUCCCUUGCUGCACGGCCGCAUCGCGAGAAGAAGGAUCACCCUCCGUCAAAAACUGCCGCCACACCGGGCGAAACACCUCCCCAGGUUUAUGCAAUUUCGCGCUCAAAUGUACCUGUAUUUGAAAUAAAGAUCAACGGAAUUUCGGUGAUGCGCAAUCAAAUGGACUCUUGGGUCAACGCGAGUUCAAUGCUCAGGGCUAUAGGAGUCAAAGAUGGAACGAUGAGACGUAAGAUCCUGGUACAGACUGGCGGCCCGCAAAGAGUUACCAAUGGCGGCCAUUGGUUCUAUCAAAGCACCUGGGUGCCCCUGGCAACGGCCCGCCACUUAGCCACCAUGUAUGAUACAGAAGAUGCCACGCUACCUUUGUUGGAGAUUAGCCCAAGUGACCCAAUCGAACGUCCAGGUGACAUUCGAGAAGCAGUCAGACCACCUACCAAUGGAAAUCCCGUUUCUGUAUCGCCACAACGCUCGGCAUCACCAUAUGAGGACGGCGAGCUUGAGAACAUCGCGGACAGGAGCGCACAGGGCCACGGUAGACUCGCGACUCGAGGUGACUGGAGUAACUCGAGCGACAGCGAAGAUGACGUGCAUUUACCGGCAACUGCAAACCGGCCUGGUCCCACGAGAUCUAUGGUUACGUCGGAUUUACCCAAUACCCGGACCGCGCUUCUGGACAGGAUGAACAGCGGUAAAAAGAGACAUUCUGAUAUCCCAGAUCACAGCGGGGAGCGGCCUGUUCCACCUGCAAAACGUGCCAGAAUCGAGAGCUUGUCUGCAUUUCCACCACACGUGUCUAGCCAAGAUACAGACUCAAUUACGGCGAGCUAUUCUCGAGGGCGCCGCGACAAUGAGAAGCAGGCCGCAAAGGAGCUACGAGGCCUCCUUCCUCAACGAUAUCUAGACGAAGGCGCCGAUCUUGACGGCCGAUGCAAUCCAACUACAAGAAUCAUCAAAUCCGCAAUUGCAUUCAUAGCAGACCUGUCAGACCAGGCCAUUGGUGGUACCACAUCGAAGAGCCAACGGCGGGCGAAAAAACAAGGAGAAGAAGCAGGAGACGGCCAUUCUCCCGCCCGUUCGCAACCCAAAACUAAGGACUAUAACGAGACCUCUUCCGAAUCUCUUACACAAGCGCUGAUUCAAACGUUGCACCACUCAGAGACAAGGAUCGUUACCUCUUGGGAGGGACCAGAUCAUAUGGCGAAUCCUCCGUUGAGGGGUCUAGAUGUUGGUCCACGGAGGAAAUCAAGCGACAACUACUCGAAGAGCAAGUCGGCGAUUCAGAGCCUUGAAAAAUGGCACAACCUGGACGGCUUACAGAGGGUUUUCCGCCGUCGCGAGAUGGCGGACAAUACUGCCAUGUACGAGGCGAUGCAGAAGAUCAAUAGGCAGCCAAUAUGGGAUAGGUUGACCGAAGACGAGAAGGAGCGCAUUCGCACUGACGAGAAAAAGGCAGUCCUGCAACGGCGAUUCGAGCAAGGCAAGUCACACUCAUAUUUUGUAGCACAGCUGAUCGACGUCUGCAAGCAGUGCGGUGUCACGGAGUGUGACAUGUUGAACAUGGUUUUGUCGAAGCUGCCCAAGGCUCGAGCGGCUGUCAUUGACCUGUUCAACGACGUGGUCGAGGUGGACGAGUCGGGUAAAUUGACAAUCAUCAAGCCACCGGCUGGGAAAGUGGGUGAUUGA